UGAGAAGAAACAGUGAGGUCGCUGAAGCGAUAUCCAACAAAAACAAAAAGCGUGACUGCCUACACUCAUAAAGCUAAAAGUCUUCGGGGACUUAAGUUCGCAGAGAAGACGAUCACGACACCCUCUUUUCAUGCAAACUCUACGAACUUGCUUUUUACAUCUUCGAAAUGAAGGGCAACCCGCAUCAUAGAUCAGGGAGUCAGUUCGCUUUCACGUGUUUGAUGAUGAUUUCUGUUUUUAGCGCAUCCACGGUACACGCUGCUCAUUCCUGGGAAUCACCAAGCUUCAAAAUUGAAACGAAAGUCAAUUUGGAGGCAAUUGUUUCUUGUGGAGAAGGGAUGCUUCAAGGAAAACACGAUUCAAUAUGUAGAUUGUCCGCAGAUGAAGGUACAGUAUGAAGUUUGUGAUGUUUGAAAUCAGCAUUUAUAUUUUAUGUUAGCAAACUACUGAUGGAGAUAUUUCAUCCCAGUUUAACAGCAUUAUUAAACAGCAUAAUAGCUCGUAUUAUUUCGCUACUUACCAGAAAUUUUAAUUUCAUCUUUUCCCUCUUCUACGAUUUGAGCGCCAAAAAAAAAAGGUAGUAUCAACUUAGCACAGAGGAUCAAGAGAGAAUUACCAAUCCAUGCAGACAGAUAAUCUGGGAUAAACUCCCAUUGUCGGCCCGAACGAAUGUUUGUGGAAAGAAAAUGGACCCUUUCAUUUUUCCUCUCUAAACAAUGGAAAUCUGCGAUCAUUUCAGAUUAGCUGCUCGGAUCCCCUUUAUAACCUUGGUCCUGUUCACUUUCCUGUUGUAUACACAAUUUUAUCGAAUCUUCGAUCUUUCCAGAGUACGUGAUAGAAAUUUCACAACAAUCGGUACGGUAAUAAUGUAGGUGAUCUGAUUCUCGAUUGAUGAUUUAGCUAGCCUAUGCGUGGGCGAUAAUUUCAACAUUUAAAUUCGUCUAUAAUGAUUCAUUUUGACCCAUCUUAAAUUUUUUAUCCAAUUUUCAGCUGAAACUGAAAAAGCCUCUAGUGGCCACUAAAGCGAGAGAGGAGGCGUACUAUUUUUGUAGCACACACACGCGCGUCAUUUUUAGCGGUACUUAGGAGUGUUAUUUGGUGAUGACUUCAGUGACAGAUUCAGAGGAAGGGCCCGGGGGGCCCGGCGCCCUCCUUAUUUUUAGAAGAAACUGAGGCCAAAAACGCCUGCGGGGGAGGCUAAGGCCCGAAGGGCCGAAAAAUUUUUUUUCGAGACUGCCGCCCCCCCCCCCCCCCCCCCCCCCCCCCCCCCCCCCCCCCCCCCCCCCCCCCCCCCCCCCCCACCCCCCCCCCCACCCCCCCCCCCCCCCACCUCUCCAUCCCUCAUACAAACCAACCAAAAGAAAAUAAAACAACAAAUUUGUCCACUAUCACAAAACAAAAAGCAAUCAAUAUCUAGUAAUAAAAACACCAUAUACACACAUACGUGAUAAAACACAUCACAUACUAAUCCCCCCCCCCCCCCCCCCCCCCCCCCCCCCCCCACACACACACACACACACACACCCUUAUUUGAAGGUCUGGAUCCGCCACUGGACUUUUUAUUAGCAUGACUAAAAACUAAAAUGAAAUUCUAGAAAUGUGAAUAUUGAUGUCGUCUGAGUGUUAACAUAACUCCAUAACUCAUGAGAUAAACACGAGUGAGCAUAAUUGACUUCUAAAUCUUUCGUGUCUAUUAAGGAGGAUUUGACUGGGAUUGUUAUUAAACGACGAGUCCAUGCGCGACCAAUCCCUAGCGGUGCUAUGACAAAGCCAUUUUUAAAGUAGCUUUUAUAAAGCUUAGAAUUCAAAGCCAAUUCAAUAGUUUCCUCUUCUUCCCCAGAAGUCUGUAGCACUCGCGUGAGCUGGCCGCGGGGCGGUUCGCGGCUUGGAGAAAUUCCCGCACAUUUUAACCCCCCCAUCUUAUCCAGAUACAUGGUCGCGGUUUUUACAAUCUCGCUUGUCAUUCUCGACCAUUCUCUAACUGCUUCAGAAAACUGAUACUUCGAAAGUGUCGUCUCAAGUUACUGAUUUCUGGGUUUUUACUGUCUAAAAGUCUAAAAGUUGGAAGGAUGUGGCGCCACUCUACGUAGAGCGUGGAAAAUUUAGUUGAAACGACCUUAAACAAAAAACAUAUUUUACUCUUUUCCAAAUCGUUUUAUUGAUUCUUGCUUUGCCGCAGAAUUUCUAUUCAGGCAUGUUUAAUGGCCGAUUAUUCCAUGAAAAGAACCAAAAGCCGUCUAGAGUGUUAUGAUGGGUAGAAAUCGAGGAAAGAAGAAUUGAAAGCUAUGGAGAAACGUUCUAUUUUGACGUUAUUACCACGGAGAAACGUUGUAUUUUGACAUUAUUACCACGUGUUUACUUACAGACGGCCCUCAAAGCUAUUCUGUGUGCGUAGAUUGUGAUCAAAAUGCAGCUCAGAAUUCUUAAGAUUCCUCGGGAAAUAAUGCCAGCUCCGCACAAGCUCACUUAUAACACUCUGUCGUAAAGAGGAUGCCCCAUCAAUAUAAGUUGUUCCUUGAAUCUUUGUCAUAGCAGCAAACGGGCGAAGUCUGCAAUUAAAGGCGGCUAUUAUCGAAUUUACAGUUUUAAAUACGUGACUUGGGGUGGACUUCCUUGUCGCGUAAUUAACGUGCGUAUGGUGCGUACGCAAGUAAAUUUUACGCACGUAAACUUUUUUUUUUACGUUUUAUGCGCGACCUUUCAUACAUUACCUCUAUUUUAUUUUCGCUCUUCUAGUCGAUCUGCUUUAAUUACCCGACCGAUCUACCUUAAGUCCUCUCGCUCUUUCUGCCCUGUGUCAAUCCCGCUGCUAUACACAAUUACAGUCUUCUUCCUGACAGGCCCUUCAAGGGGAAAGGGAAAUUGGAAAACGCGCAAGGUACGCUAAUAACGGGGGAGGAGUGGGUAGACAACGAGUAGCUUUGAUCAGAACAACGGGGAAGGGACGCGGAUGGCAAUUUUUCUUGUAUUUCGCAUGCCUUUUAACUUCCCCUUAAGAAAUUAAGAGACCUGUGCUUGUAGACUACAUGGACAAACUUGGAUACUGAAUGGGCGCCAUAAUAUAAAACCAGAAAUGGCAAAUAUACAAUCAUGCCCGUGAUCUCGAGUAGACACGCCCUAUGUAAAGCGCGUAGGGAUGGUUGAUCAGCUUCGAGUGUGAGAAGGAAACAGUUACGCUAUUGGUUUAUUCAAUUUUGUUAAAAAUAGGCGGGAAAGAAACAACUAAUCCUGAUUACUCAGAAUUUUACGCAAAUGGACUGCAUAUGAACUCCAUCCACCCAGCGAAAACCACCUUUGAAAAUCCAUAACGAGGGCUAUCUAAAAGCUAAUACGUUUUGUUAUUUUAAGUCUUAAAAGGUCAAGUUUUCAGCGUCUCUUUUAAGAAGUCCGUUUUUUUUAGUACAAAACCUUACUAACAGAUUCAGGGAAAAGAUUUUCCUGAAUCUGUUAGUGGUUGGUUGAGUUUUAUCCUUUUAGUACUGAAAUCAAUGACAAAGAGGACAUUUUGCGAGACAAGUAUUUUUCGUCCUUUCAGAAAAUAGGUAACAUAUUUUGGCGCCUGCAUUCAGUUUCGCCAUAUCAAAACUACUUUCUUCCAUCUUGUUACAGACACCCAAGGGCUAUCAACCCCAGACUGCUCAGCGUGCGAUCCCAAAAGUAAAAUGCAUCUGAGAAUAGACAAUGUUCUUGUAGCUGACAACAAAACCGAGUGGAGAUCUCUGGCCAAGACAAAGGAUAGUAUGUUGCAGGAGAUAAACAUCACUAUCAACUUCCCACAGGUAUAUAGUGUAACAUUUGUUUGUUUACACAAUUUGAAGACAUUUGCAAUUUAUCAGGGCAAAGUCAAGAUAAAAACAUGUUAACUAAUACGACUUGCUUGGCGUGGCAGAACAGUGACAGAGUGACAUGGAAGUGAAAAUAAUCUUCAGCCUUACUGGUUGCAUUUCAGUUAUCCGUCAACGCUUUAACUCUGUUCACAUCCGACGACUGUCGUCAAUAAGGAACCGUGAUCACGCUUUACAUAGUUCUACUGUUUUUGUCUUCAUAGAUGUUUAGGUAAAACUCAUGUACGGUAACGUCUUCCCGGCCAAAAUUUCUCCUGUCACUGUAACUUUAGUGUGAACGCCAUCUCUUAUCAAAAGUCUAAGUGCAUUUCAAGUGCUCUUUAAGCAAACUUAAAGGAAAGUAUACUUCAGCUGCACUUAGGGGCCUAGUGUGAACCAGCUAUAUAUUUUAAGAAUGGAAACGCUACUACAAGAAAUGAAAAAAUGUACAAAGAGCAGAACAAUUAUAGCGAACCACGCAGGAUGUUACAGCUCGAGAUGUUCACUGCAGUCCGUCUGGUCUGUCGGAAAGAUGGCACAAGAUCGUUGGACAUCUUUUUUUGCAAGUCAUUGCAAUCCACUAUUAUUGUGUGUUUGCGCCCAACUGAACGAUAAGAGAUUGCAAUCUCAAAUGCAAUGAUGUGUCUUAAAGUAUAAAAUCGUAAAAACGUCGUACAUGAAAUAGGCUAUGUCCCUCCUGCGUGGAAACGCACAGACCAAUCUUCUACGCUCUAACCGAGACCUUUUCCAAUGAUUCUGUAAGGAAUGUAGUAUCGUGUAGCCAGUUAGCAUCAGUUGUGUGCAAAGUGCAAUAACGUGGCAGUGCAAUCUAGGCGUAGCUAUUUGCAUGCAGACUCGUGAAGCAACGCACGUGCUGAACAGCCGUGAAACGCCGUCGGGGAGAUUGGUGGAAUCUUCAGACGCUUAGGCUGAUACCACGUAAAUGGAAUCUAUAAAUUUUUUUGUUAUAUACAGUCACGUGUAGAGCCCAAAAUAAUGGCGUGAAGCAUCCAGAUAUACUAGUCGGCAUUUUUCAUAAAUCAUGCGUCUGUUUUUUUUCUGCCUGCGUUCCUUUCUCUCUAGAUUGGCCUUCUCCCGUCAAACAAAUACUGAAACGUUUUGUAAAAAUAUGCUGAACCCUGUAAACGAUCAUGUUUUUCUAUCAAAAAUUUGUCGGCUCGGAUUGAACUAAAUGACCGCUGACGUAGUCGGCAGGAUUCGAACCUGCGCGGGGAGACCCCAAUGGAUUUCUAGUCCAUCGCCUUAACCACUCGGCCACGACUACAUAGGCGAUCUCUGACUGCUUAAAGUACUCGGUGAUCAGUGCAGGAUCAUAUGGCGCCUGGUCCAUGUAUGCAGGGCGUUAAAAGGAAAAUUAAUUUUUAGUGCCCUGCACGAACUGUGCCAAGGGCAAGUAAAAGAAUGUGUAAAUUUUUCAUUUAAAAAUUUACAGUGGCAGGGAAAGGUUUUUUUUUUUUGCUAAUUAGAAAUUGCUUAAUGCUGACUUCUUUUUUAUAGAAAUAUACUUUUAUUGAUAAUCAUACCUUGCAUUUAACUAUUCUUAAUACCUAAGUCACUACGGAGUCUUCAUUGACGUAAUCAGCAUUUCCAGAGAAAUUUUACAAGUUACUUAGAUAAGUGCAGCUCAGGAAAGUACGGCACCUCUCCAUAAAUACGAGGGGUCAAAAAUUAUGACCCGGACCGAAAUAGUUACGACUUUCCAAAGACCUGUUCGAGAUUAAAUUCUCGACUGAUUUCUUUUGCCAAAUGAUUUUUUUAGUCAAAAUACCUGCCACCCCCCUGUAAUCAGUCAUUACAGUCUCAUAUGUUUGCUUUAAAUAUUGUGACUUGUAAAACAAAUAGACGUUUAGUAUCUCUCAGUGGUAGAAAUGUACUAACCUGUGCACAGCUAAACCCUCCUCUCAAAGAAAUCAGGCUUAAAUAUACGAGAAUAUAAACUCUCAAAAGGCAAAACUGACGUGACCCUAUCAUGAGUGUUAAGGUCCCAGUAACAAAAUCAUUAAUUAAUUCAAUUGAGUAACUAAUGCAUCGUUUUGAUGUCUAUGCAUUGUUAUUGUAUAUCCCUUAGGUGUUCAAAGUUCGGCGUAUCUCAGUCAAAGCAGGUUUAACUCCCCUCCCCGCUCUUUGGAUGUUGGAAGAGUCACAUGACGUCAAAAGUGAUUUCAAAGCCAUUCGUUAUUAUGCUGCUGACCAAGAAGACUGCUCUAACUUUAGUGUUCCUGUGUGCGUUCUGAAGUCAAAUGGUUCUUGGGAAGAAAGCGUAAACGUACGUUCAGUUAACCCACAGAUCUUGCGCGUAUAAGAAAGUGAGCUUCAAUUACCCUAGAAAACUAUAGUGAGGGCUGAAAGGUUUUAUCGGUUUUAUUAACCAGUGUUCUUACAAUGUAAUUCAAAUGUUCGGUCACGUUAAAAGGGUCGUUGGAUCAACGAAGAUUUUCCGAUAGGGACUUGUUUGAUAUCUGCUUGUUUUCCCAAAUUGACGAAGUUGAAAGUAGACUGUAUUUAACCUAGCCGUAAUAUCUGUAGAGCGUGCAGAUGGCUCAUCAGUUUAUUAGCAAAAAUAUGUCCCUUUCUGGUAUACAAGCUUCGCUGCAUAAGGUGAUCUUCCAAUACGCAAAGCAUAGAAAGUUUAAAAUGAACACUUCUUACUCAGUCUAAACUCCAGGCCCAGUUGAAAUUAAUCCAGACUAUUUAUGAACUUUCAGGUGGAUGUUCUAGCGUCUAGAGUUCGUCUCAGAUUUUUGAAAAUGUGGAGCGACUUUGUAAGUACAGUGAUGAAGCCAGCCAACUCGUCUUCCGAGUGUGCAUGGCUGUAUUUUCUUUCAUAAACAUCUGAAAAAAAGGUUAAGUGUUAAGUGUUCAAGAAAGCAACCAUGGAUAAGUCAUCCAAGGGCAUACACAACUGUGUCUCUUAAUUAAGAGUAGGAAAAAGAAGUAGUUGUUGUACCUGUACAUUCGGCGAGGUUGACUGACAAUGACGCAACUUAUCGCCUUGUCAAAGCAUGCGAUUCAACGCACGCUACGCUCGCAGCACUUUUCUGUUCCGCACAGGCAAAGUAUCAAUUUAUGUGUAUUAAGAUCCACGCCCUUUGUUGUCACUUUAACAAUCAAUUAUAAAUCGACAACUACAAAAGUAUGUUUCGCUUUGACCUCAAGGAUAUGAGGAAAAGGAAAUAUUUCUCACGGAGAAAGUCAAAUAGACUAGUAUAGAGUAGUACAAAAGCAGUAAAGAGUAAAGGGCACUAAAGAGCGCUAUUCUCAAUCUUUAACGUCUUUGUACCAUAUUAUCACUUUGGUGAUUUUUAACAGGACUUCUAUUCUGUCAGUGAGAUAUCAAUAGAAGGACAAUGUGACUGUAAAGGGAAGGCUGAAUGCUCGGUCACAGAGGAUGGACUCAUGGCAUGUCACUGCAUAAACAACACUUGUGGAGUAAAGUGUGAGACUUGUUGCCAUGGAUAUGUGUUAAAUGACAGUGGAGAUUGCGCAGAAGUUGAAGGAACUGGUAAUAAUACAGCGCAGCCCCUUCAAGCAAACCUAAGUGCACCGGCAUCAACAGAACACAUUACUGAUUUAGAGUUGCUGAAAAAUGCUACUAAGCCUUACAAUCCGGACCACUUCCUCGAAAAACCAGCUUCAGUGUCCACUUCAAAAAAGCGCUCCUCGUCUAUGGUAACUACUGUAAUAGCUAAUAUCACAACCCCAUCUCCAAUUACCAUUGCAAGCAAGUCAUUUGAACAAUCUUCGAAAGCUGCUGAAUCGAUUUUGGUAGAAAGCACUCGACAACCUAGUCAAACGACUACCAGUUCAGACGUUGGCGAUUUUUUGGAAAUUGAAGUAAACCGUUCAGAUUCGUCUUCUGAAGAUAGUCCGCAUAUUUCUGUUUCACGGGAUAACAAUGUAGAGAAUGGCUCUCAGCUUUCCUCAGCAAAAAGAGAUUCCUAUAGCAUCAUUGCCACUAACACCACUUUGAAUGCCACAACUAAAGACACCAAUGUGAAGAGGACCAUAAUCUCCUCCAUUCCAGAGCUUUCAACAUCUGAAUCAGUUACAGAACAAAGCUUUCCUUCUUCGACGACUAUGACUUCUGCUCAUGAAAAUGCAGCCACAGAAAGAAAUUCCUUCGCUUCCGUCGACAUUAUGAGUGACGAGGAAGCCACUGAGGAGAUCAUCAUCGCAACACAUACUUUAACUGAAUCUAAUGCCAAAAAGAACGCUUCAAACCCCGCUAAGUUGUCAAGUACAUCUGCUGCAAGCGUCAAACCUCAUACUUCAUCUGAAUCUAAUGCCAAAGAAAAUGCUUCAAGGCCUUUCAGGCCAUCAAAAAAUCCGAGCGGCAAGCCAAAUACCUCAUCUGAAUAUCAUGCCAAGGAUGAUACUUCAGAGCUAGCAAGUACUGCUGCCGCAAACGUCAAGUUGCGUACCUCAUCUGAAUACCAUGCCAAAGAGAAUACUUCAAAGCCUGCCGAGCCAACAAGUACCGCUGCUGCAGGUGCUAAUCCAAAUACCUCAUCUGAAAAUCAUUCCAAAAAGAAUACUUCAAAGCCUACCAAGCCAACAAGUACCGCUGCCGCAGGCGCUGAGCCAAAUACCUCAUCUGAAUAUAAUGGCAAAGGUAAUAUUUCAAAGCCUACCAAGCCGUCUAGUACUGUUGCUGCCAGCAUCAGGCUACUAGCCACUACGGAAGAAAUCACGGCUCAGCCUGCUACCAACCAGACAACAAAUUCAACGAAAACAACUUCCCACCGUGCGAGUGAGGAAAUAACUACCACUGAAGAGUCUGCCACGGAGAAAAAGGUAACCACGCAGGGGAAUACUGAACAGAAGCUCAGGGAUAAGUCCGCUACCGCAGAAAUAACAACAGCAACAAUAACCACGACAUCACCAUUAACAGAAGAAACGGUGUUGAGGAAGGCUACUAUCAAACUACAAACAACCAAGGACCAAAUUACACCUGAACUUUUCAACAAGCAGACAGCAACCACUUCUGUGACCACUGAUAAGUAUCCUACAACAUCACUACCAUCCUCAUCCUCAUCAUCCUCAUCAUUCUCAUCAUCAUCAUCAUCAUCAUCAUCAUUCUCAUCAUCAGAAUCACCGUCAUCUUUGUCGUCCACAGCGACAAGAACAAAUGAUACCACUGUUCUGAAACGUACCAAGUAUUUAAAUACUCCAACAACAGUAACGGUAACUACAACGGCCGAUAAGGAAAAUAACACAAGGGAGCCAACCACUGAAAAACCAUUGGACAGAGAGAAGACUACCACCAACAAGUAUCACACGCCUUCAACGACAGCUUCACUUUCUGUUGCUGAACAAUCGACAUCCUCUGUAACUAUCAAUCAAGAGACGAAGACCGCCAUGGAGUCAAAUCCUACCGUUAACAGCACAGGAAUAACAACCCAAGAGAGGUUUGACCAUGGGAUCUCCCCCGAAUCAAUAACAACUGCGACAGCAACUAUUUCUAAAGAAACCACAUCUACUAAAGAGACCUCUGCUAUGACGACUACUAAGAUGAGCUUUUCCAUGGAUGAGACUCUCACAAAACCUUCUACAAUCAGUCCAGAAACAAAGGACGGACAAACCGAAGAGUCGUCUUCUGAUAGGUCUUCAACAAAGAAGACUUCAAGUUCCCAAGCUGCGACAAACUACUCCGAAGUCGAGGAGACAUUGACCACCGUGGCAUCCCAGGAAACCACUAAUAGCGAGACAACUUUGGGACCUACCAGAAAGGGAACAACCACAGUUGACACAACAAGCACCACAGAACAUACUUCUGCAAAGAAAAAUGAUUCAUCUGCCAUCCCAAAAGCAGCAACAGCAACCAUCACCAAGGCGACCGUGAAAGAAAGCUUAGGUAGUAUGACUAAUCAAGUGGACGUAACUACUGAAGCUGCUAUACUGAGUACUACGGUAAAACCUACAGCACGUUCUCUUUUUGGGAAAACUACAGCUACAACCAGUCCAUCAGUAAAAACAUCUACUCGGCUUACUCCUACGGAAACUACAGUUCUUCCUCCUAUUGUGGAGGAAAAUUCGACUGCGCUCUCCACAGGGGUGAAAACUACUACUCUUCCCACCACAGCAGAAACCGGAACGGAGACGAAAAUAACAAAAACUACUACUAAACCCUCCAAUUUGAAAACUAUAACUGCGCCUUUCCAUUCCCUACGGGACAUUACUACCGCACAUACCUUCCCGGAAACCACUACAAGGCCUCCACUCGUGAAUAUCACAGCUAAGUCCUCCGUUAUGGAAACCACAAAUGCGUCUGUCGAAACAACGGCGGAAACUUUUCCUCCUCUCGUUAAGACUACUACUGUGCCUACCACUGUGAAAACUACAUCUGUGUCCACCAAAACGGAUAGAAAUGUCGUUUCAGAAGAAACCACAACCGAGCCUUUCCCUCCCCUUGUGGACAUUUCUACCCCUCCUACCAUAAUGGAGAUUACAACUACCCGUGCCACUGUGCAAACUACUUCAUCACCUGCGAAAACCAUGACGGAAUCUUCCUCCCCUCUUGUAGAAAUUACUACUGUUCCCACCACUGAGAAAACUUUUACCGUGUCCAGGACUGUGAAAGAAACAACUACAGAGCCACAAGAAACGACAACCGAACCUUUCCCUCCUCUGUUAGACAUUUCUACCCCUCCUUCCAUCUUGAAAAUAACAACUAAGCCCAACAUUGUGCAAACUACUAAGUCUCCUGAAAAAACCACCACGGAACCUUUCCCUCCCCUUCUGGAAAUUACUGCGGUGCCCACCACUGUGGAAUCUACUACUGGUCCCACAACCUUACAUAUGACAACCAAAACAAUAGAAACCACGGUUGAGCCUUUCCCUCCCCUUGUGAAAAGAACUACGGAGUCUAGCGCUGUAAGAAGAGCGACUGAGCCCACCAGUGGUAAGGCCACCUCUGAGCCUUUCCCAGCCCUUGUAGAAACAACUCUCCCUCCAGCCAAGUUCAAAACCACGACCGAGCCCACCACCGUGAUUACUACUCCCGAACCCACCACUGUGAUAAUAACUAUUACGCCAACUACACCGGAAGAACUUACGGAAGAGCAGGCUCGCAUUCUCUUUGGAAAUCUUCCCAAGGGAGGUAAGAUAGCUAAGCAAAAUACUUUUUUACUCAUAUUUAAAGUUGUACUCAAGCCUGUAAGGUGAACCAACAUUUGUCUGAGGUUUCAGUAAGGAAUGAUUUGUUGCGAUCCUUUCUUAUUGCCUUUUUUUUGUUUCAGUGUGUUAUUGUGUCAAGUUUGCGACAGUCGACAGAAGAUGCUUUCCAAAGGCCUUGUACAAACCCUGUAUAUGCAGAUCCAACUUUGCUGGGGUUAAAUGUGAAAAGUGCGCGCCGGGUCAUUUCAACUACCCUUUCUGUGCUCGUAAGUAGCAAUCUUACUAGUUUAUAACAAAUUUUUAGUCCCCCUGUUUUUAAGAGUGUAUUUUGGAGGUAUGUAACAGAGUACAUUUUCUUUGGUGUGAUGAACUGCAAGUUAACAUAUUCCACAGGGCCCGGUUCCUGUAAGGCCGAUUGGCGCUAAUCCAGGAUUAAAAUUUUGUUCCACGUUUUGUAUUUACUUUCAUAUGUAUUGCUUAGAGUAAUAUUUUGUGUUUUCAUUACUGUAUCUCACAGUGAAGGCCCAGCAGUAUUUUGCAAGCUUGAGUUACAUGUUCUAAGAAGAGAAAACCGUGCUUAAAAUUUAGGUUAAUCUUGAGUUAAACUUAACCAUCUUUCUAGGAACCGGCAAUAAAUUUCAGAAAUGAAGGCCUAGACACUACUUCAUUUCUUUACUACUUCGGUAUGCUGCUUUGUGUAAUAUUCUCCUUUGGGUAUCAUAUUAGGAGAACAACUCUGGUUCAGGAGAGAGUCGGUAGAUUCUAGAGCAUUUAAACCCGGCUUCCUAAUAAGGGCGGGGUAAGUUCUAACGGCUUGAUAACUCGGCGCACAUGAUUUCCCCUUAUUAACUACAAUAAGUUAAUCCUCGCGACAUUCAUUUCUAAUUGAAGUUCUCUUUUCAUACUGUUUUGACUUUUUCUAUACUUGGCAGCUUGUAGGUGUAACAAACUGGGCUCAGCUAACUUGAUGUGUGAUAUAGAAACUGGUCGAUGUACCUGCAAACCUGGCGUUAGGGGACGAAAGUGUGACGCCUGUCCUCUUGGAUCAUUUAAUUUCCCAACUUGCUCAGGUAGGUUGACGAUAUACGUCCAUUAGCCGCCUUACAAUUGGAUAAUAUCAGCUCAAAGAAAUAAGACACAAGAGAAAACUCAUUUCGGGCUUUCGUACUUUUUAAAAAACACAACCUGUUUUCUAUUUUCAUUUUGAAAGCAGAUGACCAUUGGAGAGAGCUGUAAGGUCUAGCGUUAGACUAGAUCUUUCUUAAUGGUCGGCUACAUUUCAUGAUGUUUUCUUGCUUGUUUCAAAAUUAUGGCACGUAAAGCUUUUUGAAGUAUUGUAAGUUUAUGAUUGCUAGUUAUCCGGACCCUUGACAGCCAGCCGCGGGAACUGAUGCGCUAACCAUGAUUACUAGCCUAGCAAAGGUACAGCGAGUGAAGCAGUCAGGGAAUGCCCUCUGUUCGCCCUCUGUCCGCCCACUGUCCGCCUUCUAUCCAUGCACCAAACUCUAAUUAUCUUUCCUUGCUAGCUCGUCCUAUCACCUGAUUUGACGCCAGUAGAGGGACCUCUAGUAGCCUUGGAUGCAAAAUAUUUGCUGUCGCGUUACAUUUCAGCUUGUUGUAGUAGAUUUUUUGUUCGAUUUUCUUUUUACUUUUUUUUUAGCUUGCGAGUGUAAUCCUUCGGGCUCAUACGGUAACGUGUGCGAUCCAUACAACGGACAGUGUCCCUGUAGGUACGGAGCUCGUGGAAGACAAUGCAACAAGUGCCCUGCCGGUUACUACAACUUUCCUUAUUGUCAAUGUAAGUAAAGGCAAGGAGUAAAACGUUCUUGUACACCAUGUUUAAUCAAGAAGUUUAACCAUGCCUUGUUACGACGUUAGAACCGAUAAAGCUUUUAAGUAUCGAUAUUUUUGCUUAUAGAUUUAUAUCGAUAUCCUCACCAGAAGGUAGGAUAGGUAUGUAGGAUAGGUACUUUAUUAAAUACAUUGAAGCAUAAGCUGAAUUGCGUAUUUAAAUAAUGGUAAUAAUUUAUACUAAUAUUUGUAAAAAUGAGUAAUAAUUGUAAUAGUUAAGACUAAAAACGUAUAAUAAGAAACUUAAAAAUUAUUUACAAUUCUGCCUGAGGCCAUAAAAAACUGUUCUUAAAUCUAUUUGUCUUGCAACGCGGCAAAAUGAAAGUGCGCGCGUGCCUUGGAUUAUAGUUGCUCUUGAUUACAGGCGGCAACAACUUUCUUAACUUAUGGUUCGGGUCGCUCACUAUGCGUUCCAGCGUGCGCGUGCAAAUGUUGUGGUGAUGCUGUUGAUUAACCCAUAAGCGCUAAGGCUUGCUGAUAUUCUAUACCAGGACAUAUGAUUCACAUUGCUCUUUUCUGAACGCGUUCUAAUUCUUGCGAAAGGUAAGCUGGUAGCGCGUAAUGGAAAACUGGCGCAGCAUAGUCAAUGACGGAGCGCACGCAUGUAAUGUAAAAAAGGCAUAAAUCUUUCUGUGGAACACGAGCUCUUUUUAGCUGAACAAGAAAAUAGAGCCUCUUAGCUGCCUUCUCAGUAACUUCCGUGAUGUGCGCAUUCCAUGUUAAGUCACCAGAAAUAGUAACACCUAAAAGUUUAGCAUCUGUAACUAAUUUGAUGCACUCCUCUCCUGUGACUACUGGAGGAAAGUCACAAUCUGAUGUAAAACUAAUGCGGAGCUCCUUGCAUUUGUCUGUGUUUAACUUGACUCUGCUUCUGAAAGUAUUGUUAAGUCCAUAUUUAACUCAGAUUUAAGGAAAAGUUAGCAAUAUCAAGCAUAAAAAAAAACUUUUCCUUUAGUUGCUGUUGUUAACUAGAAGAAUUUUUCGAAUUUGUAUAAUACCCAGUUCAUGUACAUAUGCACAUUUAAGGUUUGCAGGCGGACAUGAACUUUCAUUUCCUGAUUAUAGGGUGUGGAUGUAAUCCAUUAACAACAACUGAAAACAUUUGUGAAGAUUUUAGCGGAGGCUACAGGUGUUUGUGUAAAUCUAACUUUAAAGGACAUUUCUGUGGAGAAUGCAAAAGAGGGUACUACGACUUUCCUCUUUGUAAAAGUGAGUAAAACAACAUUUUUGUCUGCAUUGAUUUUUGCCUAUACCAUAGCAAGAAUCCUAUUAUGGCUCUUGACCAUAGCUGUUCCUGUUGGUUACGGAAUAAAAUUUGUUUUGUCAUCUACUUAUCACCAGAGUGCGCAUGCUCCCGUCGUGGUUAUGGAUCAUGUAAUGAGCUGGGUAAUUGCGUCUGUGAUGCUGGUUAUGCUGGAAGCCAAUGCGAUCGAUGUGCAAACGGUUAUUAUGGAUUUCCGAAUUGCAGAGGUGAGUGAUUACAUUUAAACUUUAUCACAACAGCCCUCAUGGGAUGUUCACUUACAAGGUGAAUAAAUGGGAGCAUUUCAGCAUUACUUAGUUAAUACUGGCGUUACAAGCCAAGGAAUUUUUAUACAGUCGUAAAAUUCAAUCCAAAGAAAUUACUUUUGACCAUUCACAACACAAACUAACAAUCAAACGAACCAAUUGCAUCUUGAAAAAAAAUUGAUGUGGAAGUCCAAAGGCAGAGAAACAAAAAAUAUUUUCGACUUUAUGGGCGCUUAUAAUUUAUUUGUCAGAACUUCCUAGCCAUUCCAGUAGUAGAGAAUUCCUCUAUUAAUAAGGACCAUCCAUCUCUGUCAGUCUUGAGUUUUUCCGACAAUUUUAAGAAUAGAAGACUUUUUCAUUUAAUAUUCAUUUGAAUUGACCGGUCCUGUCGGACUUUUGGUGAACACUUUAAGUUAGAGAACAGCAUUCACGCAAGUAAGAAAGAAGCAUGUCAACUACAUAAACUGAGAGGAUACACAAUGAAUGCACAGAAACCCGAACAACAAUACCAAGUGUUUACGGUUGGCAGUGGCUCUUAAUUACAAGGUUUAUUGAAAUUUUUUUCCCGCAGCUUGUAACUGCAACACUUUCGGCUCCUUUACUACACAAUGCAACUACACCACUGGCCAGUGUGCGUGCAGGCCCAAUAUUCGAGGAAACCAAUGCAACCGUUGUGUAAAGGGAAUGGUAGGCUUUCCUAAGUGUGUUGAAUGUGACUGCAACCCAGAUGGUACAAGAUUUUUACCUGGAAAAACUGACAGCAUGUGCUAUUCCACCACUGAGGUAAAGUUAAAUGAAACCACAGGGUAGUUAGUAAGAGUAUUACAAUCGCCUUGCGCCUUUUUUCGUCCUCUAGCCAAGGUAGCAAGGAUAACCUUGUAUAAGAUUUUAAUAACGUUUUGUCCCACGGACAGAUGAAUUUUUGAUGUGCGCAGUGUUAACAUUCAAGUAAAGGCUAAAAAUAUGCCAUCAUGAAGCCAAUUUUAAGAUAAAGUGUUACGACAUAAAUCUAAGUGAAACAGGCCCCAGCAGGAUCACAGUCUUUAUAACUGGAGGCGGCGGGUGUAUCCACCUUGAGCGGGCUUUUCCUUUCUCUCUUUCCCUUCCCUUUUCUUUCCUUUUCUUCCCUCUUGUACUUAAUUUCUUUACGACCUCGGGCAAUAAUUCUUUCUACAUAGGCUCUUUCUUCUUUCGCGUCAAAUAACUCGGCUGAUCCAUAUGGCAACAAAAGUCAUAGUGUGUUUUCUGUUUCCACGUAAACUUUUCAUGACCUAAAACAUUUCAGAAGCUUCCCUCUGCUUAAACCUUAAACAGUCGUUUUUGCUAAUUUUUGACCACAAUUUCUUUAUCUUUACUAUUGGUGGGAAAAAGUUUUUUGAUUUUUAAAUUCCUACUAAAAAUAGUGACCACUGUCCCUUUCAAGCGGGUGUUUACCACGGUAACUUCAGUAAAACUGCGUUUUUCCGUUUUGCUUUGCACAGUAUAAGUGCCUAUGCAAGGCCAAUGUUGCUGGAAAAAUAUGUGAUCGUUGCAGACUUGGCUACUACAACUUCAACGGCAGCAACCCUUCAGGGUGUUCGCCUUGCACGUGCUCAUCACAUGGUACCAUCUCAGGAACACGCCGCUGUCACGCUCAAUACGGGUACUGUGACUGCAAGAACCACGUCAUAGGUGGAAAGUGCGAUAAAUGCCGAGAUGGUUACUAUGCAUUGAAAUCACAUCAUUUAUUGGGUUGCAAAGGUGAGUUUAGAGUUCAGUUGAACUAAUUACCAUGGUCUUGGACCUCAAAAAGAAUCGAAAUUUGCGCCAAAGUCGUUCGAAAAUAAACUGGUGGGUGAAGACGCAGCAUUACACGAGAACAGGGAAGUUUCCCUGACUAAGCUCCGGUUUACGGGCUCCUGUAUUUAAUUAUUUUUUCUGUUUUGCCUUCAGUGUCAGUGCAGUCUUCAUGUAGAGUAGAUUGUAGAAUUAAUGCAGCAGUUUAUUAUUCAGUCAUUAAAAUAAUUUGUUUGUUUGUUUCAUAUUGGCUUAAAUUCCGUGGCUUCUUUUACAUGACGGGUUAACGCUGACCACAUUUGGAAGAUUUACGCCUGACUCAAUAAAUAACAAUUAAUGGACAAGUGACGUCCAUCGUCCAAUUUUAUGAAAAAGUGAAUGAAUGAAUGACGCAUACAACAAAUAGAGAUUGGCUGGAAGAUUUCAACACUUUGGGAAAAAAGAAUAGUCAAAUUUUCCGUAACUGGAAAAGGUAACAGGGACCAAAAGCUGGCUACUAGAAAACAGAUACCGUGUACAACCCAAAGCUGUCGUAUGUACAAGCUUGACAAUUUGAAAAAAAAACAAGACAAUUAUUUGACUACGCUAGCCAUUAAAAUAUCUACUGUACACAUGGCAAAAAACAAUCUUCUAAUCAGAGCGUGAUAACCUCUCUAGGUGUAUAUUUGAUGUGUCUUCUCCUUUGUUUUCUCUUUAACGUCGUAGCGUGCAAAUGCGAUCCUGGAGGCUCCGUGGACAUGAACUGUUUUAAGCAGUCAGGUGACUGUUCGUGUGUGACCGGUGUAAGAGGAAAGAAGUGUGACAGGUAUAGAUGAGAUCUAUUUCGCUCCUGCUUAAGCAUCCUUUAUCUAUCUAUUUAUAAUUUUCUGCGCGGGGGCGGGGGGGUGGGGGGUUGAAGAAGAAUAAUGGGUUGUUCAUCAUUGGAUUAUUCCCUCUCGACAAUUAUCAAAAAUAAAAUAAAAAACGUUCAUAUUCCAUCAUUUCAACUCGAACAUUUUUGUCAUUCUUUUAGGAUUAUUGAUCUUCAGCCCCCCGAUUUAUUUUCUCUGCUGUUUUCAAUAAAAAAAUCUCAUCGCCCGAUACAAGGGCGUUACAAUUUCACUGUCCGAUGCAAUGCAUGUGUACAUUUGUCUACCCGGCCUUUUUCGUUGGUUUCUACUUCACGGCCACGUGCACAGUUAGAAUCUACUUGUGGAAGAAAACUACAUCCAGUGUUUCCUUUUAUAAUAAGUGUAGAAUAAAUCAUAUUAGUACUCCGUUAUCAAAGCAGGGGAAUUGAUCUGUUGGCAUGGAGAUGGGGAGGGGAAAGAGAUAUUUCCUAUUGAUACAUGUCUCAAGAGGAAAAAUUAUCGUAGUCCUCUUUUUAGGGGAGUUGUGAAAAUCGAAUCAGCCAACUUUUACAACAUCAUAGCUGUCAAUUUCUUCUCUCCACAGUCUCUUCUCGUCCAGACCACUAUAUUUCCCAACCCUGUAUCAAAUGUCCGUGGAACUGGAAAGGGCCGUGUUGACGACUAACUCGAGAGUAUGGGUACCAAUUGGGGCGGAUGAAAACAGAUUUCCGUCAUUUUCAGGCACUGGUUACGCGAUGUUUCCCGCAUAUAAGGUAAUGUCUCAUUGUUUUAUUCUAUUUUUUGUCUUAUUUGUUCUUCUUCAAUUAUAUGAGGUUUUUUUUUUGGUUAAGGUGAAUGGCCGGUCCCCAGUACUAUAGUAGGGUGGUGCAAUACCGCGAAGACAUUAAUAAAUGUCACCAAAUCUUUCUCAUUAUGGAGAUUGAAUAUGCUUUCUCUUACCCCUGUUAUCGCCAACAAAAUAAAACUGUCUAAGGGUAAACCUAGCAACGGUGAUUCAAGCUUAUCUGUUUUCAACCAGAAUAAAAAGGUACAGAAAAUUUACUAAAACCGUUAGCAGAGCGAGGUUUUGAUCCUCGGACCUCUGGGUUAUGGGCCCAGCACGCUUCCACUGCGCCACUCUGCUAUCUGCGAUCCAGAGAAGUUCUUCCGAGUUAUAUAAAGAGAUCUUGUCACUGUCUCUGUAAAGCUGCUGUAGAUCAUAAUGGCAAGACAGUUUCAACAGUUUUGCACCUCGGUUAAAAAAUAUAGUGAGUAAGUACUAAAAAGGAAUGUUUUAUUUAUUUGCAUCUGAGUUCUGUAAAUUUGUUUACGUUGUCUUAAGUUGUGUUUGAUUUAUUAAGUUUCCAAUACUUCACUUUGCUUCUGCUGCUUUGCUCUUCUUAUUUCAAUAGAGGGAAGAAAAACAUUUCAUGUUGGUAAAUCAACACGGAAAAAAAUAUUUCCUCACGACUGGAAAGCGAAACACAAAAUCUCCAAAAUAAGUUAAGAAAAAAAAAACAUAGCAGAGCGAGGUUUUGAUCCUCGGACCUCUGGGUUAUGGGCCCAGCACGCUUCCACUGCGCCACGCUGCUAUCGAUGACUUUAACGCUGUUAGUUUCUUCAGUCAAAUGAAGAAAGAAUAUGGCUCGGUUCUGUCGCCUGUUUCAUUAAUUUUGAAAAGGUCUGAUUUAUUUUCUUACACGUUCAGUUUUCUUUGUUUUAUGGAUGCAUUACAUUUGUUAACCCCUGAGAACACUAGAAUUCCAAAAAAAGGUAAAUUAUUUUCAGGGAAGCGAGGUAUUGAUAAUAGCCGGCGCGACCCCUGCGUUAUGCCCUGUCUACUUUGUCACUCUGAGCUACUCUGCCGUCAAUUAAACAAAUGAUUUUUUCUUUAGUAAAUUCAAGUUCAAGAAGGAGUAGUUUUGCAUCAGCUGUAUUUUAGUUUUCUUGCUGCUGUUUAUGGCCUUCUGAUGUAAAGAAAAAUUAUCACAACUUGUUCAAGCAUCACAAUGAUUUAUGCUUUUUUCAUGGUGUUCCUUGCCUUAUAUCUUAUUUGUAUUGAUGUAUGCUGCGUAAUAACAGUAAUAAAACGUGCCUGCAGAUGCGUAGUUUAACUGUUUUCCCUGUUUGUUUUUUUAGCCAUAUUAUGUUACUAUAAACGUUCCUAAGACAAGACUGUAUCGCAUCAUCUUCCAUUAUGCAUUGAAAGAGAACCUUCAUGCUUCUGCUAGAGUGGAUCUUGCACCCCGAGGUAAAACUACACUUGAAUGUGAACUAACAGAAUGAGAUAUUUAACAAUCAUUCCUCGAGCCCGAAUGGGUUCUGAGUCAACAACGCAUGAGGCCAGAGGCCAUGAGGACGAGAGGAAUAAUUGUCUUAGUAAAAUCCAACUAGUUGGUCAAAGAUAUCGAGACAAAACAACUUUAGCCAGCAAAACGCGAUUCAGCCGCCAUUGUUUUGGUUUUCAAAGCCGGCGCUUUUCGCUACUGCUGGGCUAUAACAUGUAGCCUACCAGUAUCUCAACCAAUGAGAACGCAGCAUUGAUAAUAGACCACCAGUUGGAUUUUACUAAAAAAGAAUUGUUUUAUAUUUUCCCCUCUGACUAGAAGGACCGGGACGAAGAGAGGUACUGUCCUAAUGACACACAGCCUCUACUUAGGGAUUAUCGAAGACACUGAGGUCUUACUUAUGCAACAGCAGCGAAAAUCGAGCAAGUGAAAGAAAUAAUCUGCUGACAGGGUGACUCAACCGACAGUUACUAGCAAAUAUUUGAUGCAGGUUUACCUCACCCGUUAGUGAAUAACACAUAAAACGGCUGCCAGACGGGCCGAAGUCAUGCGCCGACCCACAUUACGGAAAUUACAGGCAAAGCAAGGAUUACGAAUUUUUCUUCCAGUUUUCAUGUUCGCCAGGCCUGGCCAGGGUAUAAUAGCAGUAUGAUCCACCUUCUUCUAAGUGACCUUAUGCUUCUCUUAUUUGGAUAUUUUACAAAGUAACCCUUUCGUCAAAACAAAAAGCACAAGUUCUCGAAGUUCGUUGGUUGAACAUCGAACUCUACAAAACGUCUGGCAGGAUUGUGUAAUACGUGCUAGGCAAGGGUUAUUUCACUUUUUUUUUUCAGUAUUUUAUCUAGCUGCAUAUGAUUCAUUCCUUUUAGGCUCUAAGAUUUCUAAUCACACCUUUGAAGUGCAGUUUUCUCCUCCAAAGCCCGGUGCACAGCAAACCAAGAACUUGAAGACAACCGUAAAUAGAAGAGGACGAAUCAGAGAGUUUGAUAUGAAAAAGGGUGCCUGGAAUAUCAUUAUUACAUCUCAUAGUUCCAUGCUUUUGUUGGUAAGUUUGCCAAUUUGUCAAAUACUUGAACUACGUGACAAAAUCUAUCGAUUUACUUCUAGAACGCCUUCCUAUUUUCCAUAGGUCACUUACCAAUGAGUGAUAAAAAAGUAUUUACAACUAACAGUUAAAAGGACUGACAUUUAAAAGUUUCAAUCCUACUUAGAAAUAUUUUUCUAUGAUACACGCCCCCAGACUUGCGCGUUUGCGUUAUUGGGAAAUGGUCACUUCAUACAUGUAAACAAACGGACGCAACAGCUCCCAACAUUGUUGGCCAACAACACGCACCAACAUAAGCAAAACUAACUACAAGAGAACGACUGGAGAACUGACAAAUUGACUAACAAUAGACGACUGUUUAGCUGUGACCACAGACGGAUCGAAACGCACCAAUUACUGAUUACGAGUGUUCAUAGCCAAUGACAUCACGGCUUAACUGACAGACGACCAAUAACAUCGCGACGUAAUGGACCAAACAAAUCAAUAACCAGAGUAUAAGACCAUCAACUUACGUGAUACAACUCACUUUGACGCCGAAGAUCACUACCGCACAGGUUGUCGAAACGUCAGUCACUGUCAACGAAAACAGUCCUAUUCAGGACUACGUUCACCCAGACGAUCAAACUCAACCUCCUUUUGAAAUGACUCCUGGGUUCAAACCUUUCACAGUUUUGCAACAUGUAACAUUCAACAAUGUUGCAUCCGUUUGCACGGGGCUUAACAUUUUUAUUUUUGCUUAUGAUAAUUGACUUCCAAGCCUCGCUGGUAUGUGUAAACUGCUAAAAACAUUUUUAUUCCAAAACGAGGCUUUGAGGUCACUGACAGGUAACAAUCACACACUAAAUCCCAAACAGAAUCUUUUAUUAACAAGAACAGUAAUAACAUUGCAAUUCUCAGAGAAAGCGAGGUUUUGAUGUUAUGUUAUGAGAACAGCACGCUUCCUUUGCGUUCACUCGGCUUUUGCCGGUUGGCAGAGAUUAUUUGAAAAGCGUCUUCGUUAGCCUUAGUAGUAAGAAUUUCUCUGCGAACUGAGUGCGAACGUUCGUGUGAAAGCAAAGCCAUACUUGUCCGAAGGCCACGCCUCUUGGUGUAGCAACGUUUUUCUCUUGCAUUGCAAUCGCGCGGGGAGGAGAAUGACUGCUCAGUUUAAUGAAAGUUAUAGUUAAUGAACAACAGAAAUCUUGUGCCACUUUAAAACAGUAACCCGGUUGUCUCUCGUUAUAAGAUAGUAAGCAUACAAAGUAGAUGCACAACUGAGGUCAAAGUUGUUCAGAACAACCUUAAAGUCCUAGUUACCCCUUAAAUAUUUGUUAGUAAAAUGUAGUAAAGGUGUUGUUGUUGUUAUACUUAAUGCAAGAGUAAACCUUUAUUGCACUAAAUGUGUGGUUGAAAAAACUUAUUUUUACCUGCUUAUUUCUAUCGGUUAGCAGAGUGGCGCAGUGGAAGCGUGCUGGGCCCAUAACCCAGAGGUCCGAGGAUCAAAACCUCGCUCUGCUAUGUUUUUCUUUUUUUCUUUUUUUACUUCGGUCGCUCCUGUUGUCAAAGUUAACUUUUGAGUCAUGUAAGUAAAAAUCGUUGUGCAAGGCGUAACAUUUCGAAAAAAAAAAAAUUAACAAUCUGAAAAGUAUAGUAACAGUGCCGGAUCAACCUGGGAAACGCAAACACGUUAAUGCAUAAAGAUGAUCUUUCUACUUUUUUUCAGCUACAGUUAUCCGUUCAUUGUUUUUUUUCUUAUGGUGGAUAGCUUAGGGUGCGUGCAAACGGACGCAACAACUCCCAGCAUUGUUGGACGUUACAUAUUGCGUCCGUUUGCACAACCUGUUGCAUGUUGUUGCGUGUUGUUGGGAGUUGUUGCGCAAAGUUUGGAGCCAAUAACUCCUAACAUUUCUGUUGUUUCAUGAUCGCCGAAGCGUAGCACAACAAUGUUGGAACCCUUUUGCACAGCUCGUCUAACAUUUUUGGGGCCACGUGCGCUCAUUACAAAAGGUUUCCAACGUGUUAUGGGCUGUAUCCUUCCCACGAUGCAAUGCAGGCCCCAACAUUGUUGGGAUAUGUUGCAUCCGUUUGCACACCACUGCCAACACGGACGCAACAACUUCCAACAUUGUUGGCCCAGUAAUGUUGAAAGUUGUUACGUCCGUUUGUAAGAAGCUUAAACGGAAAAACCGUUAAGGAUGGUUGACAUUUGUCUCUAAAAAUGUUGGCGAGAACGCCAGUGUCAUUUAUGUGAUCGUUUAAGGGAAGCUUUUUUGUGUGAUAAAUGAUUUGUAUCCAGGAUUUUCAAACCUAUUAGGUAUCAAAUGUUGUAACUUGUCUUAAAAAGCAAAAAACUGUAUCCACUACUGUAAUCGGCAGUAUUCGAACUUGCGCGGCGAGACCCCAUUGGAUUUCUAGUCCAUCGCCUUAACCACUCGGCCAUGACUACUUCUGUCAUAUCACAUUCUAAAAAUUAAAUAUUUUUGCCCAUUGCAUUGUACUGCGGAAAAAAUUGAAACAAAGCAGUCCUUGAACGUAACUAAGAAACUGUUACUCUCUUUCUAAAAGAAUGUACAGUGGCUCCCCGUUAAUACGGUCACUAAUGGGCCAAAAAAAAAAUUUGGCCGUAGUAACAGGUGACCGAAUUAACGAGGGUUUUUUCUUUACAAGAAAGUGUAUGGCUAUUUUGCCGUGCGGCCAAAAAAAGUGGCCGUAGUAAAGAGGUGAUCGUAUUACCGAGGUGGCCGUAAGGCGGGGUUCCACUGUAAUUGUAACCAACCAUCCACACAAAAGCUGUUUAAUGUCCUGCUCGGGUCAAGUUUUUUUCCAAAUGUUCUCUGGAUAUUUAUUUUGGGUAAAUUGACAGUUGCCUUCCCUCCAUAAGUGUUUGCCAUUUUGAGAAUUUACAAAAUUUUUUUCAAAGAUGUUCAUUCGCCAUUUUCACAUGUCCCAUAAUACACCUUGUUCCUUGCUUUUGGCUUGGCGUUGAAGAUGCGAGCGACCUCGUACACAAGAAUUGUCGUUUCACUAGGAAGUGGACUUAAAUUUCCUUGUCCGCCACGAUCAGCGCAGAAAUUGAUCACUGAAAUUAUUAAUUUGGCUGAUAAAUUAAUAAUGACACAAAAAUCCUGUCGAGUCUGAGUGGUUUUCGUUGUUCUUGACAUUUCGUUCGUUUCGCCAAGACCUGUGGGGAAAAAUUGACUUUAAAUGUAUUGACCAAAUGCCUAUUUCAAAUUGUAAACACAUUUCGACAUAAUACAAUCUUCAGUCGCAGAACGCUUUGAUCUCUGAGUUUGUAGAUGUCAUGCGAACGGUAUCACGUUAAAUAAUUCUAAUGCAGAGUCUUACAUGCAACCAGAAAAAAGGGAGAAUAAAUAAUACAAUAAAACUUUAAAAUAUUAGCAGAGCGAGGUUUUGAUCCUCGGACCUCUGGGUUAUGGGCCCAGCACGCUUCCACUGCGCCACUCUGCUUUCGCUGGUUGGCAGAGAUUGUUUCAAAAGCAUCUUCGUUAAGGAUUCCUCUGCCAACUGAGUCCGAACGUUCGUGUGCAACCAAAGUCACACUUGAGCGAAGGUCACGUCUCUUGGCCCAGCCGCGACUUCCUGUUGCAUUGCAAUCGCGCAAGUGACGAGAAUGACUGUUUAGUUUUAUGAAAGUUAUAGUUUAUAGACAACAAAAAUCUCAGCGCCUCUGUAAAACGGUAACCUUUGUAUCACGUUAUAAAAUAGUAAGAAUAAGUUAGAAGCUGAUGCGCAAUUCAGAUCGAUAAACUUUUAAGCUGUGUAGAGCCACCUUAACCUAUAGUUAAGCCCUAAAAUUUCUUGAUUGUCUAUUUGCUUGUUAAAAAUAGUAAAGAUGUUGUUUUUGUUAUUGCAAAAGUAAACCUUUAUUACGCUAAAUUUCAGGUUGGAAAAAAAACCUAUUUUUAUGGGCGACUUCUUAUCUGUUAGCAGAGUGGCGCAGUGGAAGCGUGCUGGGCCCAUAACCCAGAGGUCCGAGGAUCAAAACCUCGCUCUGCUAUAUUGUUCUUUUUUUCAUAUUCACUUCGGUCGCUCUUGUUGUCAGAGUUAAACUUUUUAUUCACAAAAGUAAAAAACUUUGUCUAAGAUGGUUAUACUUUUUAUUAAUUAAUGAAGCAUCAUCAUCAAAAAAUCUUCAAACAUGCUAAUGCAUAAAGAAUAUCUUUCUACCGUUUGUCAACUAACGUUUAAACAUUCGUUCUAUGUUAUGUUUUGUAUGGCAGAUAGAUAGCUUAGUGAUAGCUUAUUUCUUCUAUUGGUGGUAUAAAAAAAAGGCCAGCGUGAACUAAAACAUACCUCUAAAAAUGUUGGUGAGAACGCCAGUGCACUGCCAUCUUCGUGAUCGUUUACGGACACCUUUUUGUUCGUUAAAAAUGAUUUGCACUCAUGCUUUUCCGACCUAUUAGGUAUCAAAUGUGGUAACUGCCUUGAAAAAGCAAUAAAACUGUAGCUUCUAUCGUAGUCGGCAGGAUUCGAACCUGCGCGGGGAGACCCCAAUGGAUUUCUAGUCCAUCGCCUUAACCACUCGGCCACGACUACCACAGAUAUACUAUGGGCUACAAAUUAAAUAUUUUUUCCCCAUUGUAUAGCACUGUAAAAAAUAUGUUGAAACAAAGCCGAGUCUUUGAACGUAACCAAGAAACCGGUACUUUUUCUUGAAAAUGUAAUUUUAACCCAUAUCACAAAAGCUGUUUAAUGCCCUGCUUGGGUCAAUUUCCAAAUUUCCAAAUAUUCUCUGGAGAUUUGUUGUGAGUAUAAAAAUGAAAGUUUUUUUUUUCCUCCGAUAAGGGUUUGCCACUUUGGAAAGUAACAAAAUUUGUUCAAAGAUGUUCAAGGGACAGUUCCGUGGUAUGAGUAUGUGCCGGUCAUCAGGGGGACAGUAAUCUCAAAUGAAUAAUGUGUUGGUAGCCGAAUGUACCUCUGCCCCAAAUUAGAAGUGGAGCCACACAUACCCGUUUUGGUAUCUAUAGCCGGAGUACUAAUAUCAUGAGUGACAAGUUUUCCCUUUAAUUUGUAUAGCGCAAUUUUAGCGUAAAAUUUCACAUGUGAAAUUUCUAAACCUGCUAUGACAACGUUCCGUAUUUCUCAGAUGGGGUCAAAGUUUUCAAAUGUUAUGAAUAAAGAUGUCAGGGCAUUAAAGACGCUUAAGAAAACCUAAACACAAGAAAAAGUACAUCAAGAAAGAUUUUAACACGUAUUUUGUCGCAGAAAUUCAGAAAAUUGUGAACUUAAGCCAAAAUGUAUGCUAUAAGAUGAUCGAUGGCAGCGAAAAACGCAAACGUUAUUUGGCUCUGAACUUCAGAAUUCGCUCGUUUUUGAAAAGAGCAGUAAUAGGUAAUCAAAUGGUGUUCUCAUUUUCACUGGCGUUGACAAAAGGCGCCUGAAAUUAUUCCCUGAUUUAACUCGUCAGCAUUUAUUACACAUACUAAUGCGUCACACUGAACACAAAGGCGGCCAUUGAAAUAGUGGACACAAUUUGACCGAUUUGAAUGUUAACGAACUAUGCUUUCAUAAAUAUCUUGUUCAAAAAUUGCUUCAAUGAGUGCGGAUUUCAUUCUGAAAAUCUCUUAGUGUGUUGAUGCAAUCAAGCCCUUUUUUAGUAAUUCUAAAGGACUAAGGCAAUUUUUCGCAGUUCCUCACUCAACAAACUAUAAAGGGGAAAGGUACAAGCUUUCUGAUUACUAACGAGCAACCUGGAUCAUAACUAACGCCUGUACACCCAAACCAUCCCAGAAAUCACUGCAACCAAAGCUUGUACCCAUUUCCAUAGAGUUUCUGAGGUGUGGAUUAGAAUUUCGCUACUACAGCGUGUAUUAAUGAAAAUAAUAUGAACGAAAUCAAGUUCGGCCUUUACUCGCGGAUUAAUUCUGAAAAUAUAUAAUCAGUAAAUAAUACGAUUUGGACAGAUCUCUGUUGUCAAAUAAUCAAGGACGAAAUUUAAUGCCAAGCAUAGUGUUUCCUCGGAGCGUUGCGUCUCCCUAUGGCAUGAUCGUAGAUUCGUGAUUUAGGAAAGAAGAAACUAUGGCACCCAGGGUCAUUUUACAACAUAGAUUACAUUUAACGGUAUGGCAAAAAAUAUAUCUACUAUCGUAGUCGGCAGGACUCGAACCUGCGCGGGGAGGCCCCAAUGGAUUUCUAGUCCAUCGCCUUAACCACUCGGCCACGACUACUCUUUUCCUCUACAUACUGAAGUAAGGAAAUGUCAUUAUUUCUCUCUUUUGCGAUUAAACAUGAGAAUUAAGAGCCUGUUAAUACAUCAUCGCUCCCCGUCGCUGGCGAAGUCUCGCGAAGCGUGCCCAGCGAUAGCAGGGAUCGACCGGGGAGACGUGGCGGUAUUGGCAGGCUAGAGAAUUAAUUGACCUACAUGAAGACCAGAAUAUGUUUACCAAGAAGAUCAGGCGCGGAUCCACACCGGUUUCCACCGUUUUACGGAAAUCGGUCAGAUUUUUCACGAUAAACAUUUUUAAUGAUAAAAUAUCAAUAAUAGAACUUUGUAGAAAAUAGUCUGGACAAAUGUUUUCUUUUUCCAAUUUCCGGGCAUUAGACAGAAACCCGAGAAAGGGAACUUAAGGGACUUUAAAAAUCAAAAAAAAUUCCCGGGGGCUCCCCUAGACGCUUGCUCCCUCGGCCCCUCGUUUAGGAAAUCGGUCAGUAUUAAUCCUAGAUCCGCGCCUGAAGAUGAUCAAUGAAUAAAAGGAACAGUAAUCAAGUCACACCAAAGCCGUUUUAUCUCUCCUACUGAAUCUUCGUGGAGGAUUUACUUAAAAGUAAAUCAAAAGGUUUUUCUGAUCAACACAAUGAUAUAAACGUAAACGUUGGAAAGUACAACAUUUGCUUUAGGUUAUCACUGAGCCCGUCGUAGGGAUGAUUUAUACGUGGUCAAAAAGACGUUAAAAUUAUAUUUCGAUUACUAAUUAUAUGCUCUGGUAUCACCAACGAGUUUAAAACUAAUUGAAUUAAAAAACAUAGAAAGAAAAAGAAAUUAACCACAAAAGGAUUAUCCAAGUUUUUUUGCGACUUCUAUCUUAAGAGGUUGCUCUGUGUUGCAUACUAUUAAACACGCUACAGGAACAAGGAAAAUAAGUUUUAAAAAAGAGUGAAAAAGGGAAAUCCCUUUAGCAGAGCGAGGUUUUGAUCCUCGGACCUCUGGGUUAUGGGCCCAGCACGCUUCCACUGCGCCACUCUGCUAUCGGCGAUCCAGAGAAGUUCUUCCGAGUUAUCUAAAGAGAUCAUGUCACUGUCUCUGUAAAGCUGAUGUAGAUCGUAAAUGUUAAGACAGUUUCAACAGUUUUGCACCUCGAUUAAAAAAAUAGUGAGUAAGUGUUAAAAAGGAAAUACCCUUUUUCAUUUGCACUUGAUUUCAAUCUGUAAAUUCGUUUACAUUGACUAGUAUUCUCUCCUGGUUUCACUUUGCUUCCGCUGCUUUGCUCUUCCAAUUUCAAAAGAGGGAAGAAAAACUUUUCAAGUUGGUAAAUCAACACGGAAAAAAGUAAGCAAAAAGUGAAACAAAAAGAUCUCAAAAAUCAGUUAAGAAAAAAAACAUAGCAGAGCGAGGUUUUGAUCCUCGGACCUCUGGGUUAUGGGCCCAGCACGCUUCCACUGCGCCACUCUGCUUCGCGUGUCUUUAAGAAGUUUCUUUGCUGCUCCGAUUAGUAAGAGUUUCCAGAUGCCUGUGCGAGCUAAGCGCGAAAGUUGGAAUGAUAGGAACGCAGGAUACGUUUAAGGUGAAGUGAUGGUGAUUUCCUAUCGCCUUGGAAUCGCGUUGGUAUUUGGAAGAUUUAAAACAGUACCUUGCCCUUUAACUUUAACUUUUAUGAGAUCCCAUUGAGAAACGUUUCUAUAGUAUAACAGAAUUCAAAGUGACCCGCGUUUAAUAAAGGCGUUAAAUGUUUUUUUUUUAAUGACAAGUUGCUGCUUGAAUAAAAGUCUUGCAUCUUUUGGAUUUCAUAAACGGCUUAAAUAACAGAGAGCCUGCGAGCAAGCUGUUGUGUUAGGGUUUGGUGCUUUCAGUAACUUUUAUGUGUAAAGUCGUAGGUUAAACUUGAAGCCUGUUAAAUUUUUCUCCACUGAAUGAUUGCCCCGUCCACGUUUAAAAGAUACGUUGAGAAAUGUUGGUCUAAAUAGCAAUGAUAUUGGUGGUAGUAAUGGGUCAGUAGUUUAUCCGCUAAGGUUUGCAUGAAUGAGUUACUGGUUAUCUAGCGCCGAAAAAAACUUUAUUGGCAGAGAGCUCACCACGUAACCUGCAACUGCCUACAAUUUUUGAACUCGGUUAGCGCAAAAUACCGUGAUUUGUCAGUGUUUCGCAGAAUAAUUGAUCCGCUCGCCACUGACAAAUCACGAUAUUUUGCUCAACCUCGUCUAAUACGUCAGAAUGAUCGACAUCUUAGUCGUGAUUAUGGACACUUCUUGAUGGCAAGUCAUAUUUGAGUCUGAGUCGGAUACUGUAAGGGUUAACGGUAUUCUGACGUCUCUAAAUCCAUAUGUAUGAACUUUUGACGCUUAAGGCUGAUUUUCGCUAGCGACGGAGUCGGAAUGGUGGUCAUAAGUGCACGAUGUUAUAAUUAUAUGAUCUAGUGAUGCAGGUUACCCAUUCCGCAUCCUACGCUUGCCUAUAUUUCAUGAGCCUGGUACGAAAGAGAACUUUGUCUUCUAUUUCCAAGUCGAAUCAGACUUCAACUACUUGCACAAAACUAAUAUUCAAUGCAAUUUGUUAUUCGUACCGUUAACUCCAAGCUAGUAGUCGUGGCCGAGUGGUUAAGGCGAUGGACUUGAAAUCCAUUGGGGUCUCCCCGCGCAAGUUCGAAUCCUGCCGACUACGUUUUGUCUCGAAAUUUAAACACUUUUUCAUAGCAAUAAUUACGACCGUCAGCUUCUUUCUCUUGCUAUCUGUUGCACUUGCCCUGAAACAAGUUCCUUGAUUGUAUUUUCUAGUAGAAGAAAAUCCGGCGAUUGUGGUAGCGUCGCUAACGGCUUAUCAUCUCUAUAAAGCCGACAAUAGCCCAGGACGUUUCUUUAAUAUUUGUAAUAAAGAAUCCAGUUUUGUUGGUUUUAAAAGUAAUGGGAAGAGUUUGUACGUUAUAACGCAACAAUUUGGGCAAGUUUGGUGGCAAAAUAAUGCACCAUUUUAAUAGAUUUUGAUUUUGAAAAGUUUUUUUCGGGCCUGAAAUUUGAACAGGAUUUUUAAGAAACGCUCCCCCGACCAACAUCAAAAUAAACCCAACAAAAACAAAAAGGCCGGAAUUCCCAGGAAUCCAAGUUGCCAACGUAUUAAACCAGUACAAAUUUAAUCUUGACACUUGUUUCUCUGCCGGAGAAAAUUCGUAGAUUUUGUCUUCAGCAGUCUUCUUUUACACAUCUGCAUGGAACAAAAAACAACAACAAAGCGUUAUAGCAGAGCGAGGUUUUGAUAGUCAGACAUCUGAUUUGUGGGUACCGCACGCUUCCACUGCAUGCGGCACUCUACCAACGUCAGUAUAAAAAAAUCUGAUAAACAACAGCCAUUGUAAAAAAAAUUAAACCUGGUUUAUAUUGGUUUACUCUUGCAUCAGCUGCUUGCUAAUUUUUGCUGAGCUGUUGGUUAUCAUUUAGACUAUUACCAACGGGAUUCCAAGGCAACAGUAAGUCACCAUCACUUCACCUUAAACAUACCCUGCGUUCCUAUCAUUCCAACUUUCGCGCUUUGCUCGCACAGGCAUCUGGGAACUCUUACUAAUCGGACCGGUGAAAAAACUUCUCAAAGACACGCGAAGCAGAGUGGCGCAGUGGAAGCGUGCUGGGCCCAUAACCCAGAGGUCCGAGGAUCAAAACCUCGCUCUGCUAUUUUUUUUUCUUCCGCCACUCUCAUUGUAAGGGUUUUCGGACCGGUGAAAAAACUUCUCAAAGACACGCGAAGCAGAGUGGCGCAGUGGAAGCGUGCUGGCCCCAUAACCCGGAGGUCCGAGGAUCAAAACCUCGCUCUCCUAUUUUUUUUUCUUCCGCCACUCUCAUUGUAAGGGUAAAACUGCUGGGACAAAGUCACAACUCAUUAAAAAAAAAAAAAAAAAAACACGCAAGUUUUCAGUAAUGCUUUUUCUUUUAGAGUUUAAUAUUAUCUUGAAAGACAUCGGUCAAGCACAAACAGUGAAUAGUACCGGCGACAAAAUGCUGAUCACCUGAUGCCGGAAGCGAAAAGUAAAAAAGGCUAAUGCAUAAGUUUGACAUUACUGUGUGUUUGUAUAGUGGAGUUCUUACUGAUGUUUUCAGCGGCCAGCAACGUCGUUUCAAAAAUUCGGAAUAGAAACCAGAUCGAGAAAAAAUUGGCAGCAUGAACUAAAACAAAUCUCUUCAUUUAUUAGAGACAAUAUUAGUGACAUCCAUGUGAUCGCUUGCCGCUAACGUCUUUCUGUUCGGUCAAGCGACCUUCACUGCUUGUAAUGGCGUCAGUAGGCUGCAUUUAAUACUUCCAGAACUUUUAAGUUAAUUGGACCCUAUGGGGGGGUCGCAACUUUGUUUUUCGAGCUGGGUUCCAUUGUUAACUUUAUUUGUUCAUUGUUUUCCCAACCAAUCCCGUAAGAUCUUCCGAGAGCUGCAAGGUCGCCAGUAUCGCGCCGUCGACCUGUAAAUAACCCGCCGCGCAGCAACAACAAAAAAAAACAGGUAGCCUGGGUACAUAUCCCGCAUUUCUGGCCUAAUAUGUGUAAAAUGUGGCAUGUAAAGGUCAAAAAUUAAAAGGGUAACUAUCGUAGUCGGCAGGAUUCGAACCUGCGCGGGGAGACCCCAAUGGAUUUCGAGUCCAUCGCCUUAACCACUCGGCCACGACUACUUCCAGUACAUAAUGCGCUGGGUACCAGAGUUUUUUUAAUCGUGUGCGUCGGAAUGCUUCGGUAUAGGCUGCAGGCCAAAGGCCGAAAGCCGAAGUCGCGGGAAAAAACCCGGCAUUGUUAAGACUUGUCCGAAGAAAAAAUAAUUUGGCGGAAGGUUGUUCUUUCAUUGCUCCUCACGUUAGCGAGAACUGUAGCAGUUCAAGGCUACAUAGAUCUGUAGAUCCCUAUCGGAUCUUGGUUUUAUUACGUGGUUCUCUACGAGUCAAUGAGAUAAACCGACCCAAUAGUGAUUCUGAGAUUUGUUUAAAGGUGUUCAAGGAACAGUGCUGUGGUGUGAGUAUGUGCCGUUUCUGUCUCUAAAUUUAGAAGGCGGGUGAAAAUGUCAUUGCUGAUCUAUUUUGACCCCAUUUACAUACCUCGUAGAAAAAAAUCUUGAAAAAUACGGUUAAUAGAUUGAAAAUGAAGAGGAAAGUAUUGAUAGCCCUGCUGUAAGAGAGAAAUCGUCCAUACGCCGAUGAAAUACAACGCAUUUUUGUUGCUUUUGUUGUUGUGGUGUAUUAAGGCAACCCUAGAAAAAAUAGUUCUGCGAGCUAUAAUAAACAGUAAAUGCAAGACAUUUUUUAAAAGCAAAUUAAAUUGACCCUUUACUGACUGCAAUUUGCACGGCGAAUGUUGCGCUUUUUGAAGUCACCUUUGUUUCAGAUAAUUCUUUAUUACAUGGAUCAAAAAUAACGAUGAAGCCAGGGGCUUAUAUAGCACUGGUGGUCAAGAAAGAAAAACGAGUUUAUGUUACAAAAUGUGCUGCUGAUGAUUAUUUGAGAGGAAACCAAAACGAGAGUACAAACGGAAUAUUCUUGGAAUACCCAAAAUGACGAAUAUCCUCUUCAUUUUCAAUGUAUUAACCGUAUUUUUCAAGAUUUUUUUCUACGAGGUAUGUAAAUGGGGUCAAAAUAGAUCAGCAAUGACAUUUUCACCCGCCUUCUAAAUUUAGAGACAGAAACGGCACAUACUCACACCACAGCACUGUUCCUUGAACACCUUUAAACAAAUCUCAGAAUCACUAUUGGGUCGGUUUAUCUCAUUGACUCGUAGAGAACCACGUAAUAAAACCAAGAUCCGAUAGGGAUCUACAGAUCUAUGUAGCCUUGAACUGCUACAGUUCUCGCUAACGUGAGGAGCAAUGAAAGAACAACCUUCCGCCAAAUUAUUUUUUCUUCGGACAAGUCUUAACAAUGCCGGGUUUUUUCCCGCGACUUCGGCUUUCGGCCUUUGGCCUGCAGCCUAUACCGAAGCAUUCCGACGCACACGAUUAAAAAAACUCUGGUACCCAGCGCAUUAUGUACUGGAAGUAGUCGUGGCCGAGUGGUUAAGGCGAUGGACUCGAAAUCCAUUGGGGUCUCCCCGCGCAGGUUCGAAUCCUGCCGACUACGAUAGUUACCCUUUUAAUUUUUGACCUUUACAUGCCACAUUUUACACAUAUUAGGCCAGAAAUGCGGGAUAUGUACCCAGGCUACCUGUUUUUUUUUGUUGUUGCUGCGCGGCGGGUUAUUUACAGGUCGACGGCGCGAUACUGGCGACCUUGCAGCUCUCGGAAGAUCUUACGGGAUUGGUUGGGAAAACAAUGAACAAAUAAAGUUAACAAUGGAACCCAGCUCGAAAAACAAAGUUGCGACCCCCCCAUAGGGUCCAAUUAACUUAAAAGUUCUGGAAGUAUUAAAUGCAGCCUACUGACGCCAUUACAAGCAGUGAAGGUCGCUUGACCGAACAGAAAGACGUUAGCGGCAAGCGAUCACAUGGAUGUCACUAAUAUUGUCUCUAAUAAAUGAAGAGAUUUGUUUUAGUUCAUGCUGCCAAUUUUUUCUCGAUCUGGUUUCUAUUCCGAAUUUUUGAAACGACGUUGCUGGCCGCUGAAAACAUCAGUAAGAACUCCACUAUACAAACACACAGUAAUGUCAAACUUAUGCAUUAGCCUUUUUUACUUUUCGCUUCCGGCAUCAGGUGAUCAGCAUUUUGUCGCCGGUACUAUUCACUGUUUGUGCUUGACCGAUGUCUUUCAAGAUAAUAUUAAACUCUAAAAGAAAAAGCAUUACUGAAAACUUUUGUGUUUUUUUUUUUUUUUUUUUAAUGAGUUGUGACUUUGUCCCAGCAGUUUAACCCUUACAAUGAGAGUGGCGGAAGAAAAAAAAAUAGCAGAGCGAGGUUUUGAUCCUCGGACCUCUGGGUUAUGGGCCCAGCACGCUUCCACUGCGCCACUCUGCUUCGCGUGUCUUUGAGAAGUUUUUUUACUGCUCCGAUUAGUAAGAGUUCCCAGAUGCCUGUGCGAAAGCGCAAAAGUUGGAAUGAUAGGAACGCAGGGUACAUUUACGGUACAGUGAUAGUGACUUACUAUCGCCUUGGAAUCGCGUUGGUAUAUGGAAGAUUUAAAACCCCUGAGUACCUUGCCGUUUAACAAUAACUUUUAUAAAACGGUAAUUCACGUCUCAAGCACGAUUCCGAUGCAACAGGUGACUGCUACACCAAGCUUCUUAGCCUUUAAGUAAGUGUGACUGAUUUCACUCUGCACCAAAUUGGGUUUGGUCGCAGAGGAAUCCUUGAUACCAAGGCCAAAUAAGACGCUUCUCAAACUAAGAAAAACUCUACCAACCUGAGCUCAUAAGCCAGAGGAUCCGAAGAUCAAAACCUCGCUCGGCUAGGCUUUAUUGUCCGUCAUUUAUAUAUAUAUAUCUAUUUUUUGAACUUUUCGCUGUUUUUAUUGACCCUCGCGAACCCGAAUGUACGAAGACCAGAACCUUGUCCAGCUGAAGGGGUUUUAUAUUGUCGAAAUGUGUUUACAAUUUGAAAUAGGCUUUUAGUUAGUAUAAUUAACUUCAAUUUAACCUUGCGGCAUAAGAAAAUCGUAAUCCCAAAAUUAAAGCGAAAGAACUAGUUCAGUUCUAAUCGGACAUCUGUGCAUGUCUUUGUUUCCAAUAUAUAUGCCAGCAAAACUGAUAGUAAUUCAGUCAAUGUUCAAUUUCUGCGAUCUUACGACACAAGGACUUUUAGUCCAUUUCCUAGGAAAUUGUUUGUUCUUGCACACCCUAACUUACUCAAAAUCGCUUGCACUUGACUUGAGCAGGCUAAAAGCCAUUAGAAAGAGGAGGAAAAGAAGAGAAAAAAGAGGGAAGCAAAAAUAGCAGAGCGAGGUUUCGAUCCUCGGACCUCAGGGACCUCUAAUCCUAGCACGAUUCCACUGCGCCACUCUGCUUACCAUGGGCCCCUGCUAAAAAAAAAAUAAGAGAAAGGCUAUUUACGUUAAUUAUCACGCUGGGAUCGCCUUGCAAUCAUUGUUAUGAUUAUUAUUUUUUAAACCCUAAUGAAAAUAAAUAAAGAAAAAAGAAUGAAGGUAGGAAAAUAAAUCAUAAGUAAAAGUUAUGAAUUCACUAUUUUCACAUUGGCGCCAGGCACCUUGGUUAGCCUCCUAAAUUUAGUAAAAGGAUAGUUUUUAAUUUUUUCUGGGCAUUAGAAGUUAAAAAAAAUUGCUGAAGCAACAUUUUAAGGGUAAUCAAGAAGUAUUUUCGGUAAUGUGAAAAUAUUGAAUGAAAAAAGUGUUUGGGUUGCCUAUAGUUAUAAUAGAGCUCAUUAAGACAACAAAUGAAUUUUUACUAUCAGUUUCUACUUGCGUCUUAAAUUAUGAUGAUUGUGUUUUAUCCUUUUCCACAGGACUACAUUGUGUUUCUGCCAGAGGAUUAUUACAAGGCGGAACUUCUCAAAGAUGUUUCCUCAGAGCCAUGUUUGCUGCGAACCUCAAAGCCUGAGCACUGCGAUAUGUACACGUAUUAUGAGCCUAAAAGCCCGUCGAUCAUCACCGUGUCUGGGGACAAGGCAUAUACGCUCCCAUUAAAAGGAAACCCUGAUAUAUUUAUCGAUCCGCGAUUUGAUUUAAGGGACCAAAGACUGUCCAAUAUGGCGUUGUUGGGUAACAUUCAGGUAAUACUGUAUUCUGGUUUUACUGUUCUCGAAGUAAGAUGUAAUAAGGCACGCAAUGCGUACAUGUGUCUACUAAUGUGCUGUAAGGGAUGAGAGGAGAUAGAUGUAAUAGAAUGCACGAUGCAUAAACAUGUCUAUUAAUGUGCUGUAAUGAAAGAUGUUUAUACGUAGAGGUCUUUACCACAGAACCAGAUUAAUUCGGUCACAAAAAGAACAGAUCCUAGUUUCCGCAUUACCUUUUUAUAAAGGGAGGUAUCUUAGGCAACAAGUUAAUUGUCCGUUACAGUAAUGUGAGCGUAUGAUUGAGGUGCCUGCAAUGUAAGGAGAGGUUUACUUAGGCAAUCAAACCUCCUUAAUGCGAACAGGAAAGGAACAGAUCCAAGUUUCCUCAUACAUAGGUGUCCUUAUUAUAGAAGUAGGCAUUGAAUGAAUUUUCGUAUCUUUGGCACAAGUUCAAAAACACGUUAAUAAUUGAUAAGGAAAAAAACAAAAGAAAUUAAUGUUUAAUGAGUAUUUUUAUAUGUGAUAAAGGCACGGGUAAAUUUUACGUCCAAUUUUUUAGACCAAAAUAACCCCAUCUAACUAUUAGUGCAAGAAUGAGUUGAUCUAUAUCAGAGAUUUUGAAGCCGUCCAAAAAACUCGCAGUCAGGUUUAAAAACCCCCGGCUUCGCCUCCGAGUUUUUAAUCCUGUAAUACACUCCUGCUUGGUUUUUAAACAGUACGUAAAUUGUCUGUUAUGACGUAGAUAUGUAUGCGUAUUAUACUUAUUGCACGUAUUAACUGUAAAAAGGGAGAUUCAACUUUACAUUCAAACCACCUUACGAAGGACAACAAAUGGGGAAGACAGAGGUGUCCCGAUAAUAUACAGGUGUGAAAUGCCGCAUGACACUUGGUGUCCUUGAAGGGACCAAGAAAACUGAAAACAGCGCCUUGACUUUGCUCGUUGUCAGAAAAGUCAACCCGGAAUUUACUGAAAAUUCCCCGGCGCCAUCUCCCGAGACUAAUGUUCUUUUUUAAACAAUUUUUAAGCCUUCAAUAGGAUUUGAUAUCUCAGUGCCGGAAUCCGGUCAUUACGUCAUCAUGGUGACGUAUCUCCACCCAGAGAGAUUUACUCAACGUGCGUUUGUUAGAGUAGGAUAUGAACGAGGACAACUGGAGAUUUUACCUUGUAAAUACCAGUUUGCCUGCCGUCAGUUUGCUAUGGAUGACAAUAAGAAGCCCAAGUCCUUUGAGUUGACGGCCUCUCCAAACAAACAUGAAGUGAAACUGGAAAGUUCGGUGUCAUCAAAAAUUGCCGUGGUGGGUAUUACAUAAAUCUUUGUUCUCCCAGCAAAAGAAGUUUAAUGACAUAAAAGAUGUAGUGGUGUGGGCUGGAAAAACCAAUGCUAUGUAGACACUGUACCGGAUAGCUUUUCAUGUUGACAUGAAAAAUUCUCCGGCCUGAUAUGAAUAGCAAACGGCUCAGAACUGAAACAACUCAUUCACACACAUCAAGCAUCGUAACAGUAGGGCAGUUGGCCGAGGGUUUGGUGGGAUAAAAAUCGUCACUCUUAUUUUACUUCCGUCUCAGUGGGUUACAGGCCUCGCUCUUACCCAUUUACUUCUGCUACGGUUGAAUACCACCGCCACAAACAAUGGCAUUGAAACCCAUCCGAUUUGUGACAAACUACUUUGAAGAUGGACGUGGCGUAACUACGCUCAGUUAAAGAAACCUUACCGAAAUCACUGUUUCUAUCUGUUAACAAAAGCCCCAUCUGAUAUGGUUUUCGUGCCGGGGUAAGAGACAUCCGAUAUAAUGCUCCCUACGGAAAUAUGGUACGUGCCAGAGAUAUAUAACGGGCUGAACGAAGUUGUAAUCACUGACUACCUAUCCGCACGUAGAUACUCACGUGGAUAGCCUGCAGCAAAGGCCAACUCAUGAGCGAGCUUGAGAAAAUCUUAUCAGGGAAGUUAAGCCAAACCAGGAUUGAGCGAGAGGUUCCUUGCCUGCUACUAAUCGUGGUCUUAAUAAAACUUAAUCAGUACUUCAUUCAGUUGCUGGUCUUGAUUCAUUCAAUCAGCUUUCAGAUUUUCAGAUGUAUGUCACACUUUGUUUGUUUGGGUUUUUAGUUUUUCCUGAAUACGACCAAUGGGCCAUUUCACGAUGGCGUCAUUAUAUUUCUAUGACCAGAAUUCUUCAGGGGUUUGCUUUCUUGUGCAAAUUAGGGCUCUGUUAUGGGAUUACUGAUUACUGAAUUUAAAUAUGAAAGAAAAACGAAGUGAAUGGUGAAUAGUAAAAUGACACCGUGCAACGAUCUCUCCACAACCAUAGACUUGUUCCGCCCCCAUCAAAAUGUUCUUAGUGUAAAAUACAAUUUUGUGAUGACAACUUUCCCCUGAAAUGUCCCCUUUCCUUUACUAAAAUUCAAAAACUUAAUAUUUCGUAGUCGGCAGGAUUCGAACCUACGCGGGGAGGCCCCAAUGGAUUUCUAGUCCAUCGCCUUAACCACUCGGCCACGACUACCUGAGUAAUACACUUUGUUACCGUUUGUUAUAGAGAGUGUUACAAUAUUCUGUUUCUAUUUUCCCAUGCAUGUUUUUUUUUCAGAUUUCAAUCACCGUCAUACCCCUUGCAAAAUGGAAUAUACAGUACAUUCAACCCGCAUUCCAAUGUCGAAUGUACAAUAAAUCCUGCGUCUCCACUAGCUAUGAUAUACCACCAGAUGCCAUUCAACUGGCCGCUUUUUCGCGUCGAAUACAAGAUAAGGUACCGCUACAAACUACUAUUAAAAGUAAAAAUAGAGAAAUGAUCGUAAGAACCGGCCUCUAAGCAACCACGAUGUCACCUGCAGCGAAAAAAAGGAAUUUGCUUUAAUUUAAACUUUUUGACAUUAUUCAAUUUGUCAACUGAACUAAAUUCUAUAGGAUCUAAAUUGUACAUGUUUGUUCAUAAGAAAAUAAUGGUCUUCUGUUGACGUGCUCCAUAAAAGGUGAAAUAAGGACUUUCCACGUCGUGGUCGUGUAGUAACGAUGCAUAUGCAUUUCUUUUUUAACCCCUAGCUUUUACCUUUUUGUUGCUGAUGUUGUCGCUGUGGUCGUUGAGUAAAGGGGCUGUAUCAUGGCAGUCCAGUUCAUUUUGUUUGAUUUUGCCAAUUACUCGCUCUCAAUCGCUAUGGAACUUAAAGUAAGCAAAGAAAUCACAUUUAAAUGACAAAAUCAGAGAUCGAGAUAAACAAAUAUGUCUCCUCAGCAUUAUUUUUGAAGUUGCAAGCAGCAGGGAUCAACUUUGAAAAACUGUUAGGCUGAACAGUUUUCAAUAACCCUAAUUUAAAUCCGUUUCAAUCUUCUUCAGUUUUACUCAUCCGUGGCAUCUGGUGUUUCUGUUAUUUAACCUUCCCUUAAAGUUUGAAGCGGUUAUUUUUAUGUUUCUCUUAAUUUAACGAGCAUUUUGUAAUUUCCUAAUUUGGCUGAAUUUCGUGACACAACUCCUUUAAGCAUGCGGCACUGUAGUCGCAGUUGUGCAUGCAAUUAAUGCGCCGACGAAUUAUACUUUCCCGGCGAACAGGGAAAUAUUCCCGCGCAAAGUACAGGUACUUGUGAUAUAAACAGCGUUAAAUGGUAAAUUUGGAGCCUUUCACUUUUUCCAUACGUUUCCCACAUGAGCAUACGUCUGCGGGAACCUUAUCUUUAAAGCCACCUACUCAUUGAUAAUUUAAUUCAUCAUCAUCAUCAUCACUUUUAUUUAUGCACGGUAAAAACAUCAGGCAAUAUACGAUAAAAUUAUUGUUUAUAACGCUUUGCUUUUUUAGAUGAUAACUAUUUUGACUGGAGCUGUUCGUCCCAAAACCAUCUACUAUGUGAUGGUGUAUUACAAACAGCCCCAGAGUUUGUCGACAAGAGUCGAGCAGAUAUUGAUUGCAGAUCAAGUGAAGUCGAACAUCUCCGUAACCUUUCAGUACUGCCCCGCCAGAUCUGGCUGUCGAAUUGUCCUUGGAGAGGAGGAUGGAAGACGCUUUCAGUUUAGCAAAGGCGUCUUUACUGCUACCAUUGAACACGAUAGGCGGACACAAGUGGUAGGAAGAAAAAACUUUCUUUUUGAUUAUACUGGUCUGGCUUGUAAUAUUCUCACUGAUACUAGGGCUAAUUUGGUUGACAAUCUGCCGGAACUGGAUCUGCCAUCUCGUGCGUCACUUUCAUUGAUAGUGUGUGAUCGCGUCUACCAUCGAAAUUACCUAAUACGCUUGUUUGCAAUAGCUUGUUUUAGUCUAUGAAUCAUUUCUCUGGCUAGUUUUCUUAAACUUGGCUAUAACUGACGCCCAGCUUUAGGCCCCGUGUAUAUGGCGAAAAGUUGUCCCUCCCUCACCUACAUUUUCUUUUAACGUUCGUUAACGUAAGAGACAAAAAGUUGGCCCAGCUAGAAGGGGAACCUUCCUGACCGGUUCACCCGUUUGUGAUGGUAUGGUCAUCCUCCUGGCCGGGCCAACUUUUCUCCAUAUAAACACUUUGGCUCGCACAGCCGGGGUAACUCGGUCAAGUUGAGACAAUCAGAGCAUGCGCGAGCUCUGUUGGCUCGGGCAAAAGGGUCACCUUUUCUGAGAUACACGCUGAUCCGUUACCCAGGACAGGUUUUUUUCAUUUAAAGUACUCUGACUUAUUCUUUUUCUCGCCCCUCCCCCCCCCCCCCACACACUUCCCUCAUUUAAACAUAUUAUAACAAAAAAACACAAAAAACCAUACGACAUGAAUCUGCGCCCCACCACAGAUUAGUCAUAUAACCAUUUUGCCACGCACCAACGCGCCAGAUCAGGUUACAGGAAAAAAACUGAGAUUUCGGGCACCCAGUUUCCUAAGGAACAAGGGUAGCUUUUUUCAAAAUACACCAACAUCCGUCACCAAUACCAAAAUUUUUCCAAUUAAAGAAAAACACACUCUUCAAUUUCACCCCCCCCCCCCUCCCUCAAAAAAAUAUUCUUAAGUUAUAAAAGGGUUAAAUCAAAACACUGAAAGAGCCAUAGCAGAGCGAGGUUUUGAUCCUCGGACCUCUGGGUUAUGGGCCCAGCACGCUUCCACUGCGCCACUCUGCUAUCUGCGUUCCAAGUUCUUCCGAGUUAUAUAAAGAGAUCUGGUCACUGUCUCUGUAAAGCUGGUGUAGAUCGUAAAUGGCAAGAGAGUUUCAAUAGUUUUGCACCUCGAUUAAAAAAUAUAGUGAAUAAGUACUAAAAACGAAUUUUUUCAUUUGCAUCUGAGUUCUGUAAAUUUGUUUACAUUGACUAGUUGUGUUGGAUUUAUUAAGUUUCCAAUACUUCACUUUGCUUCCGCUGCUUUGCUCUUCUAAUUUCAAAAGAGGGAAGAAAAACAUUUCAAGUUGGUAAAUCAACACAGAAAAAAAUAUUUCCUUAGGAUUGGAAAGCGAAACAAAAUAUCUCCAAAAUAAGUUAAGAAAAAAGACAACAUAGCAGAGCGAGGUUUUGAUCCUCGGACCUCUGGGUUAUGGGCCCAGCACGCUUCCACUGCGCCACUCUGCUAUCUAUUGAACAUUCUCGCUUGUUUAGCUAUUCAAAUGUUAACUGCCCCAGGUCGUUGCACAAAAUGGAGGCUAGGUGCUAAUCUGCUUUGCUUUUUUUCCGCUGUAUUCUCUCUCUUUUUUUUAUUCUGAACAGAUAUUCAGGUUGUAAAUCCUGCAUAACAGAACCUUCCAAUUUACUGUGCUUACUGCCGACAUCUUGAUAACUUUAUUGCAAUCCAUUUUUUGCAAACUUACAAUCGUAUUGUAAUCUUGAUUACCCUAUUUCUUUUUAAAUUUAUAUUAAACUGGAAAAAUAUGCACUCUAAGCUGUCGUCCUGGCAGGAAGAAGAAGUCCAGAGUAAAAGGAAAUCAUUAUACUCGUCAUAAUCAGAUUGCAGGUGCAAAUUUCCUGUUUUUGAUUUUACUUGUUGACAUAGGGACACGUACUUCUGGUGCCACAGGGAUCCUACUCUACCCGCCUCCUGGAACCUCAAUCUAUCGACCGAGUGCAACAGUUUAUUCAAAGUUGCGGUAAAGAUCACUUUCACAUCGACCCAGGCCAGGCGGGAAGAAUGUGUCGAGAGGGUGUCUUUACUUUAACGAUUGGUUUCAAUCGUCAACCUUUACAGUGUAAAUGCAGUCUUCUUGGUUCUAGAUCCGUGUUUUGUGAGAAGUUUGGCGGGCAGUGUCUUUGUCGUGCCAAUGUGGUUGGGAGAACGUGUGAUAGGUGCCGGCUUGGUCACUCAGGUUUCCCGCGUUGCAGAAGUAAGCGGCUAUCUUGUUCCAGAAUGACAUUUUUUCUAAAUAUUGUUUCUCAACAGUGCAAUGGAAACGUAUUACUUCAUGCAUAACUUUCUCUGAAAUAGUCAGUAGAUACGACACGAAUUCAGGGGUUCAGUAUAGAACAAGUUUUACAGAAUAACAGUGGCAUAGGGAAGUACUGUUCAGUAGACCUUUUCAGCAUGUGUGUUUUGUUUUCCCAUUUCAACCAUGUUAUGUUACCCCAGGGACCUGGAUGUUUCUCUAAAAUGUCUUUUUAUCUACGUGCAGAUGUCGGAUGCAUAACAUAUUGAACACAUCACUUGGUGUAAAUUGGGAAAAAAAAUGCAAGCCGAACAGAUCUAUAGCUUCAUGUAUCUCAAUGGUAGCACUUUAAAAGUUCUACUAUAAGAUUCUAAAGUUAGAGCCUUACAUAGUUGGAAAUAGUACCAUCAGGAAAGUAUGGCCCAUGUGGACCUGGAAAUCGACUGCUUUCUCCUCAAAACAACCGCAGUUUCAUUCGGACACUUUAAAUUUAGAACAAAAUUUUACAGCAUAAUAAAUAGCACCGGCUGCCAGGAAAGUACCACUUGGUAACUUUCAUUCCAAUAGUCAGGCGUACCUACUGAUAUCGUUCAGAAUAAUGGUACUGUUGUGUCAUUUCUUUUAAGCAUUUUAACCUCAGUGUUCUAAAAGGUAGAACUGCAUCAUACAGAGCCGUACGACUUAACAGAUAACUGGGAUGUGUUCUUGUGGGGAUCAUAAGAUUAGAUUGUCUAUCUCAGAUCCUUCGGAUGCGUUUAUACGACAAGAUAAGCAAAAAUUAUCCCCAAUUUUAUUUAGCGUGCCUUCAGUGAGUAUUGGUGCGAAUUUGAUUUAGAUUUGAUCUGAUAAAUCUAUGCAGGAGUGUAAUUCAAAACCCAUUGCUGGAUUAAAUAUUAGAAGUAAAAUCCUUUUUUGAAUUCAAGAAUCCGAAUUAGUAUUUUCCCAAAGACAGGCAUUCUUAGACAAGGCUUAUUAAUUUGUCCUAGGUUGUGGUUGUCAUGAGAUUGGUUCAGUGUCGCCUACUUGCACGUCAAGCGGACGAUGCCGCUGCAAGCCUGGAUUUGGAGGAUAUAAAUGUGACAGGUGUAGAUCAUCGGGUUAUUAUGGAUUCCCGGAUUGUAAACGUAAGUUGUUUAUCGAGCGUGAUUUAAGUCAAUAUUUUAUUCAAUAGUUGUUCAGAAAUUCU